ACGAGCAGUCGUUUGUGACGUUUGUUGCAAAGAAAGGAUCUGAGAGUUAAUGAGACAAAUGGCCGACCGAUUGAUCGCACAACUGAUCCCAUAUAUCGGCCAUCGAUUCGCUCGCUUUCAACGCCUAAAAGCCGUCAACACUUGAUCCGUAUCGACGCCGCCGAAGACUAGCACACAAUGGCCGCCAUUGAGUACGACCUCAACGUUUCCGGUGGUCUAAUGCCACAAAUCAACGCAUUGACUGCUCCGCCGACCAGUGAUGAGCCGAAUCGACGCCGAAAACUGAAGAACAAGUCGAUUGCGAGACAACAACAGACCACACAAUCAUUGGGCGCCGAUUCGGCCACUAAUGGCGCCAAUUGUGGCACAAAUCGAGCCAUUCUUUCCCGACAGACAAAGACUGGCAAAACACCGAAUCACGAGUACUGCGACUCUUGUCGCGAGGGCGGAGACCUCUUGUGCUGCGAUCGCUGUCCAAACGCUUUCCAUCUGCAGUGCCAUGAUCCGCCGCUCGACGAGGAGGACGUGCCUCAGGGCGAGUGGUUGUGCCGGAAGUGUAAACAACUGGUGAAAGAAGUGGACGAAUCGGACGAUGAGAGCGGCGACGAAGAGGCAGAGGAAGCGAUGGAUGAGAGCAAAGACAUCCAAAGGCCGUUCUCGUUGCUGGUGAGAGCGGCCCAAUCGUUGAACCCGAAGCAGUUCCAACUGCCCAACGAUAUGAUGCCAUCGAUUCCAUUGGUGGGCACUUCGAAGAGAGUGAACGGCGGCCGCAAUGGCAACAAGAGGCAGAUCCACGAAAUGGAGAACUCUUUGGUUUCAUUUCCCGUCAAAUUGUGUAAUCAGUGCUCAAAGAGUUGCCGAAAGGCGCCACUCAUUCAAUGCGAUUACUGUACACUCCUUUGGCACGCGGACUGUCUCGACCCUCCCAUGACAUGUCUGCCCACCGGCCGCUGGAUGUGUCCAAACCAUUCGCAACCCAUUAUCGAACAAAAACUGUUAAAUUCUGUGAGUUUGAGCGAACGGAUCAAACUCUGGGACCACUUCUCGGGUCCCAUAUCUCAAGACACCGUGAAAUUGAAUUUCCUGAAGAAAGUGCACCGAAAAUAUCCUCCGUUUCGGACAAAAGUGUGUUUACCUCCGACUCAGAGAGUGGUAGUGCCCGACGCUAUCAAACACAUGUACAAAAGACGUCCUCCUCUUCUGCCAAAUGUUAAUCAAUUAUCCAUUUAUGACACAAACCAUACGAAGAACGAGUCGUCGAGUGAAGCGGACAAUGAAUGCCUAAACAGUGAUCGUCAUUACGAGAGACCAACUCAUGAACAACAGGAGGAAUGGCUCCAGAGUUUGAUCGCAUUUCAAUCAAGUGCUGCACAAUAUAUGAUUGCAAACAAAACUGAUUCAAAGAGCAACUCGUGUUUAGCCAUCACUUCUGGCAAUGAGUUGCCGCCCAAAAGUGGUGACAGUUGUGUGAAAUGCAAUUCUCAAACUUCAAUGAAUGGUCCGACAAAUCAUUCAUCCGAAGACAUGAAUAACUCUCUAAAAAAGGACCAAAAAAGUGAUAACAAAGAGAUAGCGACGACUCAAAUGAAUGGCGAGAAGUCGUAUUCGUCGCCCAUAUCUUCUCCCGACAAACGAAUCUCAGUUCAAAGCAAUUGUUUGAAUGCAAACAUUGAGACCAUAGCCGACAUGAAUCGUUUGGACGACAAUCUGAUCCGAAUGCUGGCUCUUCAGCGAAUUCAACAGUUGAACAAUAAAAGUGUUGAAAGUAAUCAUAACGUCGGCGCCGGUGUUGGCGGCGGUCAACACAACUCCUCGACCACAAUGUCAUCAUUUCAUACAACUAUUCGUCGCAUCGGUUUGAAUGACGUGAGGGCUCGAGCCGUGUUGUGUCCCAUUCUCAUCAAGUCUAGCACCGGCUCUUCAGGCACCGGACCUACAAUUGUCAUGUCAUACCGAACCCUCACUAUCGGCACCAGUAGUGAGAGUGAUGUAGUGUUAGGCGAUUACGGCCACUGCAACUUCGUGUCGCCCAAACACUUGGCCAUCUUCUACGACGAGACAUCGCGAAACUAUGAGCUGAUAAACUAUUCAGAACACGGAACUACUGUCGACAAUGUCUUGUAUUCGUGCGACUUCUCCGAUAAGAGAGUCCACAAUCCGAGGCACACAAACUCACAGACCGUUUCGACCGUCAAAGGAUAG